AUGUACGCCCUCCGUGUCAUCAUUGCGACUCUUUUCGCCGUCACCGCAUCGGCCUCAGUAGUCGAGCGUCAACUCGGCGGCAUUGGAUGCAACAUCGCACGUUUUCAAAUCCUCGGUGCACUGGGCGACACUGGAGAUGCCAUCUCAGAAAUUGAAGAUGCAGAUGUGCAGGCGGCAGCACAAGCGGGUCUGGACCAAGCCAAUGGCGGAAUCUCACAAAUUGCCUCGUCGCUUCUGAGCGGCGGCGCGCCACCGGCAGACAGCCGUGAUGAGGUCGAGGCUGGGUUGACGGCGAUGGCCAGUGCUUUGGCUGAUGCUGACGAGUCUGACGCAGCGGUUGGUGAUGCUAAAACGGCUCUGGCAGAUGCGACAGCUGCUGGACAGGAUGUAGUCGCCAAGUGCUAG